AUGCAACUCCUGACGGCGCUGUCAAAAAAGACAAUCCAUAUACCGUGCCGCUUCACUCAGAAAAUGGCCGACGAUGAGGAUCCAGUGGAUCUGAAGCCCGAGAUCGAAGAGGAUUGUAAACCAAAGUGCGCGAAGCCACUCUUCAAGUACAACGAAUGUAAAGAGCGAGUAGAGAAAGACACCACUGGGGAGAAGCACUGCACAGGGCAGUACUUUGACUUCUGGUCUUGCAUAGACAAAUGCGCGGCCAACAAAACGUUCUCUCACCUCAAAUAGACGCUGCGUCUAUGUCCAGGCUGCUCAGAAAGUCUUCAAACAGCUGCAAUGAAUCUCCUCUCUUGCUCAAGUGCUAGCAGUACGAGAGAGCAUGCAGGUGGCCUUAACUAGAACUGCCAAUAUCGAGUCCAAGAGCUCGGAUGGCUGCUAGUAACAUUCUGACUGUUUACAACGGCGACUGAUUUAUUGUGCUCGCACAAUUGAAGACGUCUGAUGUUCGAGAUUGUCAGCACGCCCCUAGCCAGAUGCAGAUGCGGAUGAUAACAACGGGUCAUGGUCAUAAUGUUUUGG